AUUAUUACAUCGUCAAAAAGACUAUUAUGCGACACGAAAUAAUCAUCAGAUAGAAAAAAAAUGACUGCGCACGAUUCAGCGACGUGGCUGUCCAGAAUAGUCGCUUUCGUCAUUUUCAUCAAUGCGGUCUACGGCUACAGCAUGCUGCACAGCAGCGGCAGCAAAAGUUCCGACACGUAUCAGAACACGUUGGUCGAGACAUCGCGGACGGGCCCGUACUUCGACAAGUCCGCGUCGAAAAACGUGACGGCUCUGCUGGGAAAGACGACCUACCUUACCUGCCGGGUAAAAAACUUGGGCAAUAAGACGAUGUCUGCUCUGCAGGUGUCGUGGGUGCGACACAGGGACAUCCACCUGCUCACCAUCGGCAGCUACACCUACACGAACGACCAGCGCUUCCGGGCGAUACAUCAAAUUCAGUCGGACGAUUGGGUGCUGCAGAUAAAGUUCCCUCAGCAUCGGGACACCGGCAUCUACGAGUGCCAACUGUCCACGACACCGCAUAUGAGUCACUUCGUGCAUCUCAACGUAGUCGAGCCAGUGACCGACAUACUGGGUGGUCCAGAUCUCUACAUUGAUCGCGGCAGUACGAUCAACUUGACUUGCAUCGUACUACACAGUCCAGAGCCACCGCUAUUCAUAUUCUGGAAUCAUAACGACGCUAUAAUCAGCUAUGACUCAUCCAGAGGUGGCGUAUCGGUUGUAACGGAGAAGGGCUACAGCACAACGAGCUUCCUACUCGUACAACAAGCAAAGCCAACGGAUUCGGGCAAAUAUACGUGCAACCCCAGCAACGCCCAGCCCAAGUCUAUCACUGUACAUGUACUAAACGGAGAGUAUCCCGCGGCAAUGCAGCACGGCGGUCAGGCCCAUCAACCUAGACUCUACUCUCUGCUGCUCUGUCUCUGUUUGCUGCUUUAUUAAGGAGGAACGUGAUGAGCAAGGGGAAAGAU